UCAUAUUCUAAUAUUCAUACUAAUUGCAAAGAACAACCACCUAGCAAAAAGUUCACAAAUUUAUUACCAUAUUUUCUGCUAAAUCAUGGGCAUCUUAGCAUUCUUCCUUCUUAUCUUAAUCCCUUAUGCUGAUUCCAUUUCUUUCAGUAUGCCAAACAUUAGUCGAAAUUACGAGGGCAGGUUCACAUUUGAAGGUGGAGCUUAUAUCUCUGAUGAUGGGAUUCAGGUGACCACAGAAAACAACAGUAGCAGGGUCACUGGUCAGGUAACAUACACGGAACGGCUUCAUCUUUGGGACAAGAGCUCGCGUGAGCUAGCCAGCUUCUCUACCAACUUCUCAUUUGUAAAAAUAUUUGACCAGAAUGACCUUUAUCGUCCAGAUGAUGGCUUCAUAUUCUUCCUUGCUCAGAAUAGUUCGGUGAUACAUGGUGCCAAUGAUAGCAACGCUCAAUUUGUUUGGGUGGAGUUUGAUCCGUAUUGCAACCCUUGGGAGAGUAGUUCCGAAUGUGAUCAUGUAGGUAUCAACGUUAACUCUCGUGCUUCUGUAAGGAAUCUACCAUGGGAAUAUGACAUGUCAAGUAGAAGAGAGUGUCAAGCUUGGAUAAGAUAUGAUUCAGCAUCUCAAAACCUUAGUGUUUCCUUCACUGGUUUUCAGAACAAUACAGUGUUUCAACAAGAUGGUUUAGUUUACACCGUUGAUCUCCGGGAUGCGUUGCCUGAAUGGGUUGUUUUCGGGUUUUCAGCUGCAGCUGGUGAGCUGUUUGAUAAAAACACUGUAAAAUCUUGGAUGUUUAAUAGUUCUACUUUACAAGUUGAUGAAAACAACGGGUCAGCAAACAAGCUCGGGCUUGUGGUGGGAUUAGUAGCUGGGAUAUUGGUUCUAAUCAUGCUUUUUGGUAUACUUGCAUUCAUCUUGUGGUGGAAGAAGAAAAAGGUUGGUAAUAAAGUGGGGGAACUUGGAUUUUCUAUGUCGAUGAACCAUGAAUUUGAAAUCAGCCCCAUUGGGCCAAGAAAAUUCUCUUACCUUGAAUUAGCUCGAGCAACUGAUAACUUUGCAGAGAAAGAGAAGCUAGGUGAGGGAAGUUUUGGAGGAGUCUACAAAGGGAUGUUAAAGGAUUUGAGCACAUAUGUAGCUGUCAAAAGGGUAUCAAAGACAUCCAAACAGGGAAUCAAAGAGUAUGCAUCGGAAGUCAGAAUCAUCAGUCGGUUGAGGCACAAAAAUCUUGUGCAACUCAACGGUUGGUGCCACGAGAAAGGUGAACUUCUGCUUGUGUACGAGUAUAUGGAAAAUGGAAGCUUAGAUUCACAUCUUUUCAAGGCAAAGAGCUUGUUGGCAUGGGAGACAAGGUACCAAAUUGUGAUUGGGUUAGCUUCUGCUAUACUGUAUUUACAUGAAGAAUGGGAGCAAUGUGUUUUGCAUAGAGAUAUUAAAUCGAGUAAUGUGAUGUUAGACUCAAAUUUUAAUGCUAAGCUUGGUGAUUUUGGGUUAGCUAAGUUUGUUGACCAUGAAAAAGGUUCUCAAACAACGAUUUUGGCUGGAACCUUGGGGUAUAUGGCUCCUGAAUGUAUCACCACAGGCAAGGCAAGUAAAGAAUCAGAUGUGUUUAGCUUUGGGGUUGUUGCAUUAGAAAUAGUAUGUGGGAGAAAAUCUAUUGACUACAAGGGUCAAGAAAAGCACACAUGGUUACCAGAAUGGAUUUGGGAGCUCUAUGGUGAUGGUACUUUUUUGGAAGCAGUGGAUCCACGUCUAGGGUUAGAAUUUGAUGAAGAUGAAGUCAAACGUAUGAUGAUCGUUGGGUUAUGGUGCGUACAUCCUGACUCAAAACUUCGACCAUCAAUAAGACAAGUGAUUCAAGUACUGAACUCCGAAGCAUCCCUCCCUGUACUCCCUAUAAAUAUGCCUGUGGCGUCUUACUUCACAACAGGCAUGCCAUCUUUAUUUGGUGGCUCUAAUGUAGAUUUGUCAACAUCUUCGUCUUAUUUAGAUGGUCGUUAAAUACCUUUAUUAGCAAUAAUGUAACAUAUUUUUGAAUUCCUAAAUAUAUAUCAUCAUCAUAUGUAUUACUUUUUUUU